AUGGGUGGAAUGAAAUUUGAAUACGAUGAAAGUGGAGGGAAGUUUUAUUAUUUUAUUCUCUCUGUUUAUGCAUUAAUUCUUAUACCGGCGACAUAUUGGUUAUGGCCUAAGGCAGAAAAAAGAAAAAGUGCCCCACAUCCUGAAGAUACGUCUAAUUUUACUCCAUGUCGUCAUAAACAUCAAUUAUUACAUGCAAAUGAACCUAAUCGAAGACGACGAGCAAUAAUAACUAAAAUUGGUUUAAUCUUAGCAUGGAUUAUUUUAUUAGUACUUGCGUAUCGUGUAUCAUUAAUUGAAAUCGAACAUAAAGAAUAUGAUCCAUUUGCAGUAUUGGAUGUUGAUCGAGAAGCAACAAUCAGUGAAAUAAAACGAGCCUAUCGUGAUUUAAGUAAAAAACAUCAUCCAGAUCGUGGUGGAGAUCCAGAAAAAUUUAAAGAAAUAGCUAAAGCAUAUAAAACAUUAACUGAUGAAGAAGCAAAAGAAAAUUGGAAAAAAUAUGGAAAUCCUGAUGGACCAGGAGUAACACAUUUUGGUAUUGCUUUACCAAAAUGGUUAGUUGAUCAUCAAAAUUCUAUAUUUGUUCUUUUGGUUUAUGCUGGUAUAUUUAUGAUUGUUCUUCCUGUUAUUGUUUGUAUUUGGUGGCAAAAAUCUGCUCGUUAUUCAGGUGAUCAAAUAUUAACUGAUACAAUUCAACUUUAUUGGAUAUUUUUAAGUAAAACAUCAUCAAUAAUUAUUAAACGUGCAAUUAUGAUUCUUAGUGCAUCAAGAGAAUUUGAUCGAAAUCGUAAUCCACUUAUUGUUGAUCGAUUAAGUGAUAAUGUUGAAUUACCAAAAUUAUUUCGAGAAUUACCUGAUGUACAAGAAAAAACAAAAGAAAGACCAUUUCAAUUACCAUAUUGUUUAAAAGCACGUACACUUCUUCAUGCACAUCUUCAACGACUUAAUACAUUAAGUGAUAAUCUUGAAAGUGAUAAACGAUAUAUUGUUAAAAAAUCACCAUAUUUAAUUAAUGAAAUGAUUAAUAUUGAAGCUCAACUUGUUGCUAUGGGACAUGCUGGAAGAUUGAGAAAUGCUCCACGUCUUGAUACAAUUGAAAAUACAAUGAAAUUAUCACCAAUGAUUAUACAAGCAUUAUGGCAUACGAAAAGUCCUUUACUUCAAUUGCCACAUAUUACUGAAAGUCAAUUAAGAUUUUUCGAAACAAAAAAACGAACAAUUAAAUCAGUACGACAAUUUGCAGCUAUGAAUGAUGAAGAACGUCGUUCUAUGUUACGUAGUAUUACAGAUGAACAGUAUGAUGAUAUCAUGAAUGUUCUUUCUAUUUAUCCGCAUUUAACAAUGAGUGUAUCAUGUGGAGUAUUCGACGAUGAAGAUGAGCAUAUAAUAACAACAGGAGCCGUUGUGACCUUAACAAUACAUUUAAAACGUGAAAAUAUGUCAAAUGUAUUUAAUAAAGAAAUUGGAUCGAAUGCAUCAGCUGCAAUAAAUAAUCUUGAUUAUGAAGCCAAUGAAGAACAAGCAGAUGAAAAAGAAAAUCGAGAGAAGACUAAUGAUACAUCGAAAACAGCAACAUCAGCGAAUACAUCAAAAGGUUGGAAUAAUAAAUCGGAUAAGAAAAAAAAAUCAAAAAAGAAAGGACAACCAACAUCAUCGAAAUCGAACAAUAAACAAUCAACAACAAUUACUACUAGCAAUAAAAAUCAAACAAAAGCAACAGAAAAAGAUUCAAGUGAUGAUGAUUCAUCGAAACAUUCUGAUGAUUCUCCAUCGACAUUACGUCAACGUCAUGAAGUAUCCAAAGAAGAAAUGAAUAAUAGUGAAAAUGAAAAUAAUGAUGAAGAAAAUGUUUCAACUACAAUAAAAAAAUCACGAAAAAAUUCCGAUAAUGAUGAAGAUACAUUUCUUGAACGAUUUCAACAACAACAACGUAAACGUGAAACAUUAGAAACAAAAGCUAAAAUUAGUCAUCGAGUUUUUUGUCCAUUUUUUCCGGAAAUUAAACAAGAAUGUUGGUGGUUAUAUGUUGCUGAUAAAAAACAUUAUUCAUUAAUAAGUGCACCAGUUUAUUUAUGCACAUUAAAAGAUAAAGAAGAAGUUGAAAUUAAAUUUUCUGCACCAAAAAUACCAGGUCAUUAUGUUUAUUCCGUUAUAUUAAGAUCUGAUUCAUAUUUUGAUGUUGAUGUUAUGGAAAAUCUUGCUUUUGAUGUACAAGCUGCUAAAGAAAUGGUUGAUAAUCAUCCUCAAUGGGAUUUUAGUGAUGAAGAAGGAACAACAAAUAAUAAAGCUAAUGAUGAAGAAUUUGCCACCGAAAGUUUACUUAUUCAUAAAUAUUAUUGUAAAGAACAAGUAUACACACAUAAAGAAUCUAAACAAUUACGUUUUCAUGUUGCUUAUUUUAAUUUUGAACAUGUAUCAGAUGUUUAUGCUAUUACAUUAUGGAUUUUACUUGGUUCACUUGCUAAAGUUGGCUUUCAUUUGUCACAUCGUUUAACAGAAAAAUUUCCUGAAAGUUGUCUUUUAAUUAUUCUUGGUCUUAUUGUUGGUGCUUUACUAUAUGUUACACACUUAGCAGAACAAAAAGCUUAUGUACUCAAUAGUGAUACAUUCUUUUUAUUUCUUUUACCACCUAUUAUUCUUGAAGCUGGUUAUUUUAUGCCAAAUCGUCCAUUUUUUGAUAAUCUUGGUACGAUAUUAUUAUUGGCUAUAGUUAAUACAUUAUUUAAUACAAUAUGUAUUGGUCUUACAUUAUGGGGUUUUCAAUUUACACCAAUAUAUGGUGGUACUACAUUUGGAAUGUUACCUUGUCUUGUUUUUGCUGCACUUAUAUCAGCUGUUGAUCCUGUUGCUGUUUUAGCGACAUUUACUGAAAUACAUGUUAAUGAUAUGUUAUAUAUUGUUGUAUUUGGCGAAUCUUUACUUAAUGAUGCUGUAUCAGUUGUUCUAUAUCGAAUGUUUGAUUCAUUUGCUAAAAUUGGUCAAGAAAACAUCAUUGCAAUGGAUAUUGUAUUGGGUGUUUUAUCAUUUUUUGUUGUUGCACUCGGUGGUGUUUUAAUUGGUAUUAUAUUUGGAGUUAUUGCAUGUUUUACAACGAAAUUUACGGAACAUACACCGGUUCUUGAACCACUUAUUAUUCUUGUUUAUGCUUAUUUAGCUUAUCUUACGUCAGAAAUGGUGUCAGUAUCUGGCAUCUUAGCUCUAACAUUUUGUGGUAUGGUAAUGAAACAAUAUGUAUCAUUUAAUAUUUCAAAAAAAUCUGAUGCAACAACAGAAUAUGUACUUAAAAUGUUAUCAUCUAUAAUGGAAACCAUUAUAUUUAUGUUUAUGGGUUUAUCAACAGUUAGUGAUAAUCAUUCAUGGAAUACAGGUUUCGUUCUUAUGACACUAUUUCUUUGUCUUCUCUAUCGAGUUAUUGGAAUUGCAAUAUUUGCUAAUUUAGCUAAUUGUUGGCGUUUACUUGAAUUAACACGUAUUGAUAUGUUGAUUAUGUCAUAUGGUGGUUUACGUGGUGCUAUUGCUUUUGCUCUAGCACUUAUUCUUGAUGAAACAAAAAUCGAACGAAAAAAAGAAUUUGUUACAGCAACAAUAGCUGUUGUCUUUUUUACGGUUUUUAUACAAGGUAUUACAAUUGGUCCAUUGGUUAAAUUGCUUAAUGUAAGACGAAAACAAGUUGAAGAACCAACUAUGUCGGCUAAAUUAACAAAUCGUAUGAUGGAUCAUGUCAUGACUUGUCUAGAAGAAAUUUCUGGUAGUGGUGGAAGUAAUUCAUUACGUGAUAAAUGUCGAAAUCUUGAUCGAAAUUAUUUUAAACGUUGGUUAUUACGUGAAACACCACAAGAAAGAAUGGAUAUUAAAUUAUUACAAACAUUUAAAAAUAUUAAUGUACGAUCAGCUAUGAAAGUUCAUGAUACAUCUAAAGGAUUGGUACCAGCUACAACUUCAUUAGCUAUGCAAAAAUCACCAUCGGAAAAUAAUUUUAGACCUGAACGAAGAAUUCUAAAUGUUUCAGAACUUGUUACUGCCAAUAAUCUUCCAGAACGUCCUGUACCAGAUUUAAUGCUUUUUGGAAAUCAUGGCGCUGAACAUCAUCAGGAUGAUGCAGAAAUGCAUCAUUUUCUUGAUACAAAUCUUCAUCAUGCGAGACGAAGAGUAAGAAAAUUUAAAUAA